AUGACGAACGCACCCAACCGAUUCGACCUCUUCAUCCUCGGUCCGGACGAGAAACGCGUCGAGAUCGUCGAAGACACCAAGAUCCCCAACGCAGCUACCUUCUGGUUCAACAAGGAAGACCACACGCUCGGCAACAUGCUCCGACACGCCGUGCUCGCCAACCCCUCGGUGCUCUUCUGCGGCUACAAGGUACCGCAUCCUCUCGAACCCAAAGUCUUCGUCAAGAUCCAAACGGACGGAUCGAUAACGCCGACCGAUGCGCUCACGCAGGCGUCGCAGAAACUCAUCGCGCAGAUCAGCUCGUUGAAGGGCGCCUGGCGUACAGAGGUGCAGAUGAGCGGUGCGGGGACUGUCGAUGUCGGCGGGUUCGGGAGACAGGAUCCCUUCGACGGUCAGUACGGUGGUGAGGGGGCUAGUGGAUACGUUGAUAUCUAA